AUGUGGUACAUGCAUAUUUUCCUGGCAAUGUCUUUCAUCCAAGGCAACAGUCUAGCACAGAAGAUUACCAUCAGUGACUACAACCCAACAUACAGUAAAACAGAGUGCACGACAGGUUUUAUAUCAUGGAAGGAUUAUGUUGUGUAUAAUGUAGCAGUGGACGCAGGGUCGGUCGGAUUGGAAAACAAAACGGUGCGCUUUCACACUGCAAGAUAUAGCAGUGACCAGUGGCACCAUCUGUGUCUAGUGAACCUGGAUCACAAGUGUUCCCUGUCGCAAACAGCCGUGUGUUACUGUAAUCAAAGUGAAGGCACCCUCUUUCAAGUGGUCAUCAACAUGACUGCCUCCAGUAAAUACAGUGGAGGUCUCCUUAAAGGCUAUGUAGGAGUCGAUAUUGUCAGCAAUGUACAGAAAAUACCCCAGAUGUACGAUCUAUCUGAAGUCAUGUUUGAUGUAAAUGGAUUCAAUUUUACCGGGGACUCAAACGCGUUACAACUUCAGACCAACGAGAGUACAAUCACGUUCUGUUGCCGAGAUUUGCCGUCACCUUGUAGAGCAAAAAUUAAACACCAACAAGAACUUGUGGCUUCUGGUGAACCAUGUGCUGUCUACAACAUCAGCUCUACACAUCAACAGGGGAGUUUCAAUCUCACUUUGGCGUAUGAUAUUUGUAAAGUAACAAAGGAAAUCAACGUCUUAAUUCAUUAUGGAUUGAGUCAAAGCAACCAAGAGUACUUCGUGUUGAUAAUGUCCCUAAUAACUACAAUCGUCGUGAUGUCAUUACUUCUCAUGGCUUCAAUCUGUUAUAUUCAAAGUAUUAACAGAAAACAAAGCAUCGUACAAGGGUAA